AUGAACACACCCGAAGAAGUGCCCAUCGACCGCCGGCGGUUCACGACCCUCGAAGGGUGGCGCGAAGUUGGCCGCGGUGUGUUCGUACCGGCAGGAUCAACCAUCUCGUCCGUUGCGUUCAAGUCGAACCGGAAUUCACGAUUUGAUCCAGAAUGGGGCCGAUUCGAUGACAAUGAUUCCAUCAAGACAAGAAUCUCCAAGGCUGAAGAGCAAAGACGGACCUUUUCCCAGUCCCCAAGCAACAUUAGGAGAUUCUCCUCGCGGUCUCUUGCCAAUCCCUUCAUCUCUCCAGAGGAACUUGAAGCGGAUGCGGAGGCAGAACGACCAACUGCUGAUUCUGGCACACAUGACGGUGUCCUCGAUGUAGAGCAACAGCCACGAUCGGAACAGCCGUUCCAUAUUUUCAACAGAAGGCAAAAGUGGUUCGUAGUUAUCAUCAUCGGUGUUGCUGGCCUCUUCUCAGGACUGUCUUCAAACAUAUACUUUCCAUCUUUGGACGCGAUCGCCAGGGACCUGCGCGUCAGUCUUGCUGAGGUCAACUUAACCAUUACCUCCUACCUCGUCAUCCAGGGCAUCUCGCCGCUUUUCUGGGGUCCAUUGUCGGAUACCAUAGGACGAAGACCGAUCUACAUCGCCUCCUUUUCGGUCUACAUCAUUGCCAAUAUUAUCCUUAGCUUCUCGCCAAAUUUUCCUGUUCUUUUGAUUGCCCGAGGUCUACAGUCCGCAGGAAGCGCAUCAACUGUCAGCAUCGGCAACGGGGUGAUUCAGGAUAUUGCCACACCUUUGGAACGAGGGAGCUUCAUCAGCUUCUACCAGGCUAUCCGAAAUUUUAGCAUUGCCAUAGGCCCAGUCCUAGGAGGACUCCUGGCCAACUUCCUUGGAUUUCGAUCCAUCUUCAUCUUCCUCACCAUCCUCUCCAGCCUCGUCCUUAUCUUGCUGCUUAUCUACCUCCCCGAGACCCUCCGCCGAAUCGCCGGCAACGGCACGUUGAGACUCUCAGGCGUUUAUCAGCCAUUUAUCCGCAGGCUGAUCAGAGAGCCGGACUAUAUGGAAGACCCAGGAGAAAAGCCAGAAGUGCCAAAGGUCACUUUCAAGACAUUUGCAGCUCCCGUAAAGCUGCUUGUGGAGAAAGACAUCAUAGCCCUGUUGGUCUCGGGAGGCAUGGUCUAUACAAUAUGGAGUAUGGUAGUGGCAAGCACGACAGGUAUUUUCCAGGACCGAUUCGGGUUGAACGAGUUGAUGCUGGGUUUGGCUUUCUUGCCUAAUGGCUUCGGUACCAUCGUGGGCUCCUCCGUUGCCGGAAAGCUGAUGACCCGAGAGUUUGUCCGCUAUGAACAGCGGUAUCUCGCAACUCAUCCGGACGCCGUGCCUCCAUCAAAAUCAAGGAAGGCAUUCGCCCCCGACUUUCCCAUGUACGUUCCCGUCUGGCACGACUCCGACCACUCCACUCUGCUGAAGCCCAUUUUCCUCAACUUCGCACCAGGGCUGUGGCUUCAGUGGUACUUACCCAGACUCUUCAACAGUGAGCACGCCCGACUUCGCUAUAUGCCCUGGAUCACCCUCAUAUUUGUGGUUUCAACCGCCAUCUACGGAUUCACAGUCCUGCCCACCGACCUGCUACCACCGCAGGCCGCCAGCCCAGCCUGGGUCGUCCUUCCGCUUUCCCUCCAAUUCCUCAUAGCCGCAACUUCUAAUGCCGUGUUCGCAAUUAAUACCACACUUGUGUCUGACCUUUGCCCGGGCAAGGGAGCGAGUUCCACGGCCAUUAACAACCUGGUGCGAUGCAGCAUGGCAGCCGUCGGUGUUGGUUUGAUAGAGUCAAUGCUUGCACUUGUGGGCCGCGCUGGGACAUUUGUGGCGCUGGCGCUGCUUGUGUUGUGCAUGUCGGCAAUAUACGCGAUGGAAUGGUAUUGGGGGAUGCAAUGGAGGCAAGAGAGAGAAAUGAAGAAGAAUAUAGAGAAAAUGUAG